GCUAUAACUGGAGCGGCGAGCGCGUCUCGCCAGGCGUUUGUUUUUCUCCCUCCCAUCAUGAAGAAGGUGAUGGUGCGGCUGCUGUGGGCGCUGGCAGGACUCCUGUUGCUGAUUUCUCUUGCGACAAGUAGCACGGAGCCCCAGUGUAACUUGUAUGCCCUGCCUGGAUGCCCAAGGAAUUUUAAUCCAGUUUGCGGAACUGAUGGAGAAACAUAUGCAAAUGAAUGUAUGCUUUGUAUGACAAACAGAGACAAGGACGGGGAUAUACAAAUUGCGUAUAAGAGUGCCUGUUCAUGAGAAGAGGUUCAAGAAACAGAAAAAGAAAACACAAAUCCUGCUGAGAAGUUUAAAUGUGCCUUUAAAACUGUUUAAAUAAAUGCGAGCUUACAUGCUUUUAUCCAGCUUCUGCAUCUUGCUUACUUCAAAUGUUUUGUUGAAAGAACUUUUUUCAAAAUUUUAUGGUGGGUUUUUGUUUUUAGAUUUAACCCUCAUUUUUCAAAGAAAUCAUUCUCAAUCAACAGAAGGUAUAAGUACCGUACGAUCCCUCAGACCAGGCUUAAUUCAACUUGGAUACGUAGAACUCGGCAACUCUUGGCCUCCAACUAAGGGAUGAAGCCAAGAAAUGCUCCUUUAUGUUUUCUCAGACUGAGGAAAUCAACAUGUGGAACCAAAUGUACUUUCUAGCAAGGAGCAUUUACUCCUCUGAUCAGAAAUGGAACUAAUUUGGUUUUUCAUCUUGUUAUGAUGUUCUUCCUGCAAGGCAGUGCCAUUUGGUCUUUUGGCAUCCCUUGUUAACAUGCAAUAUUUUCACUGGCUUGUACAGCUAUUUAUAUGAACACACACAAGCA